ACCAAAGCCGCAUGCGUUUUCGUCGACUGCGCCCAAAUGCUAAUAUUUCGCCCCUACAUAAGAAAUCUGAGAGUCGCCGACUUUUUGACCUCCUGCAUCCCCCGGUCACCGACACUCCAGAUUUCUCGAGCCAACAGUCAAGAUGCCCAAGAACAAGGGAAAAGGCGGCAAGAACCGCAGAAGAGGAACCAAGGAGAACGAUGACCAGCGCCGAGAGCUGACCUUCAAGGAGGACGGCCAGGAGUAUGCCCAGGUCGUGAAGAUGCUGGGUAACGGCCGACUCGAGGCUAUGUGCUUUGACGGCAGCAAGCGUCUCGCCAACAUCCGUGGUAAGAUGCGCAAGAAGGUCUGGAUCAACCAGGGCGACAUCAUCCUCCUCUCCCUCCGAGACUUCCAGGACGGCAAGGGCGACGUCAUCCUCAAGUACACCUCCGACGAGGCCCGUAAUCUCAAGAACCUCGGCGAGCUGCCCGAGAACGCAAAGAUCAACGAGACCGACACCUACGGCCAGGACGGCGACGACAACGCCGGCUUCGAGUUCGGCGCUGACGAGUCCGAGUCUGAGGAGGACAACGACGAUAAGAAGGAGCUCGACAUUGACGACAUUUGAUCGCGCAGCUCCGAGCCGCCUCCCGGGGAAACAACUUGCGAGGGAAAAGGAUCCAUCAUUAUUUUUUCGCCUUUCCUCCUACUCUCUUCACAUCAAUACUCGACAACGCCCCCUUGCCCGUUUUUUU